AUGCUCACCCCCCUCUCCCUCGCCUUGCUCAUCCCCCUCUCCCUCGCCGCGAUUCCCGACACUAUCGUCCCCCGCCCAGCGACCGUCCUCUGGCGCCACGGUACCGACCGGCGCACGCUCAUGGCCUGUGCCGGCGGCGGGCCGGGGGGCACGCGUAAUGGCGACCAGAUCCAGAUCGGAACAAACUACUUUCGAUACUGUAACCCGGGCUGGAACGUGGAGGGCAAUAUCAACCAGGGCCCGCUGCGGUGUAUGGACAGCACGCUUUACCCCGGCAACGGCGUCAAACCCCACAUGUGGCAAUGCUACGACGGCGCAUGGCAGCAGCAAUGGCGGUACCACCCCGACGGCACGAUCCGUCUCGACGGCCACAACCUGUGUCUCGACGUGACUGACGGCGACGCGACCAAGCCCGUACAGAUGUGGGAGUGUGUCCCUGGCAACACCAACCAGCAGUGGGACGUGUGA